AAAGCCAGGAGCAGAGAGCAGUGGCAUGCCCACUUCUCGGACUAAAGGACAAGCCAGCAAAUAAAGAUUGCGAAUCACAAUACCACAAUACACAAGGGAGGACCUCAGCACAUCUUGCUUUUUGGUAUCUGCAGAUCUUCACACUGCACUCAAGAUUCAAGAUUUUUAUAGUAUAGGAAUGCUGCUCUCAUCAAGAUGUCGUUGCUUACAAGCAAGGGGAAUGCUCUUUGCCUGACAGUCUACAUUGUCACCUUACUGACUGGCUGGCCCUCCAACCUGCUGGCUCUCCAUGCCUUGUACCAGAAACUGCGUCGCAAACCCACCCCCGGCACCAUCUUCCUCUUCAACCUCACCCUUUCCGACCUUUUCUUCCUCACCUUCCUGCCUUUCAAGACCAUCGAGGCAGCCGCGGGCAACAUUUGGAGCCUCCCUGCCUACCUGUGUCCUCUGAGUGGUCUUUUCCACUACAGCACCAUCUACAGCAGUAUCCUCUUCCUAACUGCGGUCAGUGUGGAUCGAUACCUGGGGGUCGCCUUUCCAUUCCGCUACAAAAUGCAUCGCAAGCCGGUGUACGCUUUGGCGGUCAGCCUUUUCCUGUGGGUUUGUGCGUUCGCCCAUUGCAGCAUCGUCUACAUCACAGAGCUCAAUCGAGACUGGAGCGAGGCGGCCACCAACGGCUCUGUUUGCUACGACAACUUCACCUCACAGCAGUUGGCCGUCCUCUUACCUGUCCGUUUGGAGCUCGGCAUCGUACUGUUCUGCGUACCCUUGCUUAUCACUUGCUUCUGUUACUGCAGCUUCACCUGGAUUGUCAUGUCUUCUGCUCACUUGCACAAGGAAAAAAAGCGCAGGGCUGUGGGCUUAGUCUUAGCCACCCUCGCCGUCUUCCUGAUCUGUUUCACGCCCUAUAACGUCUCCCACAUCGUCGGGUACAUCCAGGGGAGCAGUCCGGGCUGGAGAAACGAGGUCUUGCUUUUCAGCACAUUCAAUGCCUGCCUAGAUCCUAUCAUUUUCUACUUUUCAUCCACAGCAGUCCAGCAGUCCUGUUGGAGGUGUCUGAGGACCCUAAGAAUCAAGCAAUGCACGGGGAGCCCUUUCCAAUACUUAUCCAACACCUUUAGGUCCAGGAAGAAAGAAAGCCCAGAGGAAGUUCAGUGCACCAAGCUGUGAAUAAGUGCAAGAACUGAUAAAUGCAUUGAGACAAAAACUAAACUAGCAUUCCCAUUAACAUUGAAAGAACACCUAGACCUUUUUAGUUCAAUUAAGAGGGUUUUUAAUUGGAAAAUGUGGUAGCAGGUUCCAUCCUCACAUGAUAGUACAGACUACUGAUGGAACAAAACCGAAUGAAACUAUGUGAAAACCAGGUGGAUAGCAUUACGAAACACAACCAUGCUCUCCUGUACAAACACAGCCACACACCCGCAUUUAUCUGGCAGGCACAGAAAUGAACCGUAUCCUUGCCAACCAUCAACACAUUUUUAACUGGCACCGAUUUGCCCUGCCACGCCACUGUACAAGCCUCACAAUAACGGGAACUGCUAUUGGCAAAUGCAGGCAUUGCUGAACUCAGGUUCAAACAACAUUUAAAAAGAGACAUGUCAAAAUGUUUGCCACACAGCAUAAGAAGCAGUUGCUCAGUACUGAAAGACCCAUCUGUAUAACUCAAAAGUAGUGUUAGGCAAAAAAAAAACAUUACAAAAGAAAAAGUCUGGGUUAUGUCAUUGUAUUUGUAUUUAGAGAAAUGUAUUUUGUAUCGAAAGUGUUUGUCCAUGUUAAUAUUCAAGAUGCAUUAUUAUUUGUGAGUAACUUCUAAGGACCCCUUGGAAAUGAGACAUUAGAUUUUGUGAAUCAGAAUGAAAAGUCAAUAAAUGAACACACAGCAAUGUUGGAGAUUACUGUAUAUCCAAGAGCAGUUUAUGAACACUCAUAACCACGGGGGCGUUUAUAAAGCAGCACACUGCCCCCUACUGCAAUUAAACAGUAACAUAAAAUCAGAGAGCCUUAUGAAAAAUACUCUUCACUAAGCAGAGUUUAUAAUAACUUUGCAAUAACAGACGACAGGGUUGGUUCUUUAACAAUUUACAAUCUUGUCUCCCACUGCUGCAUAUUUACAUAGCAUGGUAACACUUUAAGUUAACUAACACAUGAUUUCCUACGGCUUUCAAAUGAAAUUCCUAUUGAAUUCAAGAGCACACUGUUGUUGAAGCAAAACUCAAUGAAACAAGGUCAUCUAAGCAACCAAAGGUUGUUGUGCCUUAGGGUUACAGCGUCAGAUUUUGAUUUUAUUUUGCCAGUAGAAGGGAACAGUAUUAUUAAAGAAACAAUGUUUUUCAUUAAGACACUUCUUUAUAGAUUUUUCAUUUUUUAUUUAUUUUUUUGUUAUUAAAAUAUUCCAGGAUAUAAGAGAUGUCAUUAAAGCUGAGAGAACACGAAGACACUUUUUCUUAAACUGUGACUUAAAACCAGGUUUCCAAGACCUAGUUUGAGGCAACUUUGCAGUAUCACACCCAAAGUCCCCUUUAGAGCCAUGCGGUGGCCUGAAACCAAGUCUCAAGCCGUUACGUGGCUUUGUGUUCCCUCAGCUUAAGUUUUGUCUUGAACCUUAGAAUAACGUUUUCAAUGAACAAAACUACUUGUGGCAAACAUCCUUACAGCUUUAUGAUAUACAUAUAUUUAUAUUCAGUGAUUUAAAAUUGCUUGUCUAUUGACGCCUUUCUAGAAUUAUCUAAGGAUAAAUUAGAGAUUGUGUCAAAUAUGUUGCCUUCAGUGUGUAUAAUUCCAGAUGGUUACCAAUGGUAACCCUAAUCCUAUCCCUAUGCCUAACUCUAACUCCAAACCUAACCGUAUCCCUUUUCUGAUUAAAUUGUUUAUGUUAAUAUAUAGCACAAUGUCAACAUGUGGUUUUAUGUUUCUUAAGUGAAGUAAGUAGGUACUGCAAAUGUGUUUGUAAAAAGCAGGCUGUGUACGUGUUCUCCAAAAUGAAUCACUUCACAGUGACCCAGAUAAAUAUGACACAAGUCACAUACACAUGCUACAUUGUACAGUACAGGGUGACAAAGAGUGGGGAGGGAUGGACACCCCAGUAAGUAGGUUCUUAUUUGUUCCAUUACAGUUCUCAAUUAUAAAUCUCAAUAACAGCAUUUUGACUUGGGCAGCAGAGUUCUGAACCAGCUUCAACUUAGAAAGUACCUUGCCAAACAAAUCUGGAUACUAUUAUACUCAUGAGUGCUUAAAAUAAUGGACAAAGGGAAAGCAAGUUUGUUUCUAGACCUCAUGGAAUGACCUUGAUUUACUGCAGCUCCCAUAUAUGCUUCAAGUUCUCAUCUGCUUGUGGAUUGGAGUUUCAUGCCUUAUAGUUUGAACAAUACUAGCAGCGGGACAACUAAUCUGAUUAACAGGAGCCACAACACUAUUGUUGUUAAGAGUGCUCGUUUUUGUACGAUAUAUGUAUCACACAAUUGUAUCAGAAAGGGAUUAGGGCGAGGUUUAGGAUUAAGGUUAUAUCAUGCAAAAAGAUUUACACAUGUACAGUGUAACUAUGCAUAAUACAAUUUUAAUUAUGCGUAAGGACAUAUGUGUUUACUAAGUAACUACUAUGUAAGCACACUGUAAUUAGAGGCAGUUAAUAUAAAGUGUUACCCUCAGUGUGCUGUGCUAGAUUACUUGCAAAGCAGACAUACGUGACUUUAUAUCGCUCAGCUUCAGCACAUCCUGCUUCAAACUCUAUGAAGGCUUUAAUAUUUAAAAAUACCGUCUCACAGGCUUUCAUUGUAAAGAUGCCAGAGAAUCAA